AUGUCGGGGCGUCGUUGGUUUGCUCCGUCGGCGAUCCCGCCCAUCCUGCUGCUUACCUUUGUCACGUCGUUCGCCUUCAACCAUGCACUCAUCACCACCGAGCGUCGACACCAGUUGCGCACCCACCGUAUCCGCAUCGCACUGCUCCAGGACACUAUCGCAUUCAACACCCUCCGGCUCUACCAACUCCAACCCGCGUCACAAUCGCUUCUAGCACGGCUGUUCAAACGACCAAGUGAAGGGGGGCAGCUGGAUGCGGAGGAGCUCGACUCGCUCGUGCGCAGGUGGAGAGCCGUAGGCGUCAACCCCUUCGACCAAGGCCUACUGCCUGCCUCCUAUAGACCGCAUUCGCACAGCACCGACGAGGCGAGAGUGGGGCCAAAGGAGGUAGCUUGGUCCGAGAUUUUGCUUGGAAGCCCAGAGAAACGCACCUCGCUCACACAGCGUUGGCAGCAAGUCACUGCCGGUAUCAGAGAAUCCUUCUCCCACCCAGGCUCAACACAAUCACAUCCAGACUCAUCAGACGACGACAAGGAGCUCGAAGAACUAGGUCGUCUCUGGUCAUCUAUCUCCAAGCAGUAA